ACCGACACCGAGUGAGGAUUAUUUUGUCCCCUUUCUGAUCAAUCAGGGCAUGUUCAGUUCAGUUCAGAGCAGGCUGGGGAUGCAUUUUUAUCGCUCGCUUGCUGCGAUGGUGUGCGCUACAAAGAAGCAUCGUAGUCGGCCACCGCCGCACAAUGCGAGAUCAUCACCCCCCGAAACCAAUACAAAAAUGAGACCGCUCAGGCCGCUGCAGAAUCUAUCUCCGAGAGUGGCAUGUCUGUUGAUGAUUAACAAAAUAACGAAAUGCAAUUGAAUUUAAUUUAUGGAAGGCAUGCUUCCGGUUAAAUAGCUCUUUGUGAAUUUAGAAAAAAAUGUUUUGAAAUCAUUCAAAUACGGAUUAAUGAUUUUACUUAUUAGACUUUUUGAGCAUAAUUUCAAACCAGCAUGACAUACGACAAGCCGCCGCGAUACAUACAAUAUGCUUGUAUGUAUUGGUGCAUUAGAUAGCUUGAAGAGUUCCAAAUUUUCAGCUUCAACAUUACUCAAACCCUCAAUGUUGUUAUCAAAACGUCGCUUUUUGUAAGCAAACUAUGGAAAAUGUUCGAAGUUAAUGAUUUAUCUUUAACUCAAAAUGGCAUAAAGUUUUUUUUUUAUUUUUUUUAAUCGUUUGGUAUAAUUGUACUGAUAAUUUAUUAGUAUGUAAGACCACAGACAAACAGACGUAACUCUUAGAAUAAAUUCAUCAAAAACUUUUGCCCGGUGUCAUUUUCAUGAGCACAAUGCCACCUGUUGGUAGAACCGCGCGCGACACUGUCGGCCAUGAUGGAUUUCGAUUUGACGUUUUGCUGACACGCACACUACUACACAAUUUGCCUGUAGUUUUCGUUUGCGUCAUUCAGCAACGUGUACACUGGCAAACGUCAAAGCGAUCGAACACUAGCGCAUCUGGUGGAACGACCGCGCAAAUCAAAUGAAAUUUGAAUUGAUCGUUAAAUGCAUGUACCAAGCCGUUUUGAAGAGUGUUACGUCUGUUUGUCUGUGGUAAGACGAUACUCGAAUACCAUACUUUACAUCGGGUCCAGGAAAAAACACGCAGAUUUACAUUGGUUGAAUGACACGUUGACAUAAGAACCAUUUGGCAUAAAGGUCUUUUAACACGCUAAGUGCCAAGAGGCAAAAAACGUGGAACUGUUUUUUUUGCACAUCCAUAUCUCAGCAGUUAGUGAAUCAAAUUUUGAAUCUUUUUGCGUUAACGGAAUCCAUCACUAUGCUAGAGAGGUGUAGAGAGUUCUUUCGGAACCUCGACAAGAUAGUAACAUUAUGUAUUCGGCAAAGUUGUUCAAAACAACAACCACUUCCUGGUGAUGGAAUUCAUAGUUCCGAAUUUCCCCACCACGUGGCGCUAGUGUACAUAGUGACUUCCGGUACGGCUUUGGUGGGAUAUAGCACGAGAUUGAAGCCAGAUAGGAAGGUGCCAUCUUCUGUAAAGUUGUUUAGGUCCUAGCAGAAUUCUCAAAGGGCUCCUAGAGGAAAUUCUAGAGAUAUUCUCGGAGGAACUUCUAGAGGAAUGACCGGAAGAACUUUUAAAGGGAUUAUAAGAGAAACUUUUAGAGAUAUACCGAAGGAACUCCUACUGGAAUUCCCGAAGGAAAUCCUAGAAAAAUUAUCUGAGGAACUCCUAGAGCAAGUCCCGGAGGAUUCAUAGACAAACUCGUGGUGAUAUUUCGGAGGAACUCUUGGUAGAACUCCUAGACGGAUUCUCGGAGGAACUCCUGUAGGAAUACUUGGAAGAACCUCAAAAGCUAUUCUCGGAGGAAUUCAUAGACGAAUUCGGAACUUCUGUAGGAAUACCUGGAAGAACUCCAAAAGAAAUUCCCGGAUGAAUUCAUAGACGUACUCACAGUGAAACUUCUAGUGGAAUUCCUGGAGGUACUCCUAGAAGAACUUUCGGAGAAGCUCCUAGAGAAAUUCUCAGAGGAGCUCCUAGAAAAAUCCUCGGAAGAACUCAUGGAGGAAAUCUUGGAGGAACUCCUAGAGGAAUGACCGGAGGAACUUUUAAAGGAAUUGCUAGACAAACUUUUAGAGGUAUUCCCGAAGGAACUCCAACAGGAAUUCUUGAAAGAACUCCUAGUGAAAUUCCCGGAGGAAUUCCUAAAGGAAUUCACGGAGGAACUCCUACAGCAAGUCCCGGAGGAUUUUAUAGAAAACCCCUAGAGGAAUUUUUGUGCAACAGCUAGAAAAAUUUCCGGAGGAACACCUAGAGGAGUUCCAGGAGGAACUUUUAGAGGAUUUCCUGAAGAGACUCCUACAGGAAUUCCCAUAAGUACUCCAAGACGAACUCUCAGAUUAACUCCUACAUGACUCUUCGGUGGAACUCCUAGAGGAAUUCCUCUUGGAGGAACUCCUGGAAGAGCCCCUGGAGGAGUUGGAGGUCAUAGACAAACUCGCAGUGAUACUCCUAGAGAAAUUCUUAGAGGAACUCCAAGACGAAUUUCCGGAGGAACUCUUAGAGGAGUUCCCGGAGGAAUUCUUAAAGGUAUUGCCGAAGGAACUCCUACAGGAUUUCCUGAAAGAACUCCUAGAGAAAUUCCCGAAGGAUCUCCUAGAGGAAUUCUCGGAGGAACACAUAGAGCUAGUCUAGGAGGAAUUCAUAGACAAGCUCUCAGUGAUACUCCAGGAGUAACUCUUGGUGGAACUCCUAGACGAAUUCGCAGAGGUACCCCUAAAUGUUUCCCCGGAGGUACUCCUACAGAAAUUCCUGCAAGAACUUCUACAGGAAUUCCAAGAGGAACCCCUAGAGGGAACUCUUAGAGAAACUCCCGCAGAAAUUCAUAGAUAAGCUCGCAAAGAAACUCCUAGUGGAACUCCUGGAGGAACUCCUAGAGGAAUUCCUAGAGGAACUCCUUGAGGAAUUCAUGCAGGAACUCCUAGAGGAAUUCCCGGAGGAGAUCUUGGAGGAAUUCGAUGACUAAUUUUCGGAGGAAACUGCCGGAAUACCCGGAUGAACUUCUGGAGGACUUCCCGGAAGAUCUUCUAGAAGAUUUUUUGGGAGGAGCUCCUAGAGGAAUUCCCAAACGAAACUGCUGGACGUCAAAAAUAUCGAAAGGUGUUUUAUAUUCUGGGAUGUUCUAGGUGUUAUAGUGAAGUCCUUCAAAUCUACAAGGGAUCCGUGGAGCUCUUGGCAUCUACAAUGUCAUUAAUGGACACUAUAGGGAUAUUACAGGUCAGCCAAACUACCUUGGUGUUCAGAACUUCUGGUCUACACUCGUAACAGUAGCCAUAUCUGUUAUAUUGAGUGACGUUACAUAAUCAACCGCAGUUACUGGAGCAAUCUGAAGCUUUUUACAAACCUUUAGGACAUUCAGGAUCGUCCAAACUGUUCUAUAAUGAAGUCCUUGAAAUCUACAAGAAUAACUUUAUGUGUUUUCGCCAUAAAUAAUAGUAUUACAUAAUCUGCUGGGAUCCGCGAAGCUCUUAAAAUCUCAAGUAUCAUUUAGAGACACUACAUGGAUAUUACAGGUCAGCCAAACUACCUUGGAGUUCAGAACUUCUGGUCUACACUCGUAACAUCAGUUAUAUCUGACAUACUGAGUGUCGUUUCAUAAUCAAUCGAGGUGACUGGAUCAACCUGAAGUCUGCUAUAUAUUAUUAUGAACCUUUGGGAUAAUGAGAGUCGUUAAAAAUAUCCUGAAGUUCAGGUCUUGAUAGUAACAGUAGUUAUUCUCAUAAUAAACUUUAAACUGUAUUCUGUAAUCACCCUGGCAUUUCAAGAUUGUUUUGAGACAUUCCAGAUCAACAACACUACUCUGGAGACCAUAGCUUCAGGUCUAUACUUGUGAUAAUAGCUUUUUCACUACGUUGAAUAGUGUUACAUAAUCCACUGUACUUACCAAAGUAGUUGAAGGAACAAUAAGCGUUGUUAUAUAUUUUUGGGAUAUUUUGGACUUCCUUACUUUUAUGAACCUUAGUUGAUAAAAACAACCACUGUGACAUGAGGCGAUUUCAUUUCAGAUAGUAAUGUUACACAAUAUUUUUUUAAAUAAUUUAGCUAUGUCGUAGUCUCUGGUUGUAUUCUGUGAGCUCCAGUAAGUAUAAUAGAUUAUGCAACAUAACUCUAGAAUUCUUAACCCUUAUGUGGCCGGCAGGGUACCCGGGUACCCAGCACCCCUUUUAAAUACACGGUGUAGAAAAAAAAAAGCAAAAAGUUUGCCGGCCACAUAACGGUUAAAGGUAUUCCCGAAGGAAUUCCUACAAGAAUUCCUGAAAGAACUCCUACAGAAAUUCCCGAAGGAACUCCUAGAGGAAUUCUCGGAGGAACACGUAGAGCAAGUCCUAUAGGAAUUCAUAGACAAGCUCUCGGUGAUACUCUUGGAGUAAUUCUUGGUGUAACUCCUAGACGAAUUCGCGGAGGAACCCCUAGAUGUUUCCCCGGAGGAACUCCUACAGAAAUUCCUGCAAGAACUUCUAGAGAAAUUCCAAUAGGAACCGCUAGAUGAAUUCCCGGAGAAGCUUCUAGAGAAACUUCCGAAGAAAUUCAUAGAUGAACUCGCAGAGAGACUCCUAGUGGAAUUUUUGGAGGAACUCCUAGUGGAAUUCCCGGAGGAGGUCUUGGAGGAAUUCAUAGACUUACUCGUACUGAAACUACUAGAGAAAUUCUCGAAAAGACUCCUAGAGAAACUCCCAGAGGAACUCCUAGAUGACUUGCCGGAGACAUUUCUAGAGGAAGGCAUGAAGGAACUCUUAGAGGAUUUCCCAGAGGAAGCUCCUAGGAGAAUCCCCGGGGAACGGUUAGGAAAAUUUUCGGAGGAAACUACCGGAAUACCCGGAUGAACUUCUGGAGGACUUCCCGGAGGAUCUUCUAGAGGUUUUUUUUCGGAGGAGCUCCUAGAGGAAUUCUCAAGCGAAACUGCUGGACGAAUUCCUCAAAGAGCAGCUCGAUUAGGAUUACGAGUACUUCUUCGCCAUGAAGAGCAUAGUUCUGAAUUUCACCACCACGUGGCGCUAGUGUACAUAGCUACUUCCGGUACGUCUUUGGCCGGAUACAGCACGAGAUUGAAGCCAGGUAGGAAGGUGCGAUCUUCGACAAAGUUGUUCAGAACUAUAAGCACUUCUAGGUGAUGAAGAACAUGGUUCGGAAUUUAACCACCACGUGGCGCUAGUGUACAUAGUUACUUCCGGUGAUGUUUUUCUGGCAAACAUGUCUCUCCAUGCUUACCAAAAUGGAAAGUCCACUGUGAUUUGGGCGCAGCGAAUCAUCGAAGAGGAGAAUCCAUCGUUCGAUUACUUCCUGAAGUUUCUGGAUAACGGGUGCGACGCCCUGGAAACUUGCACGGCGUUUGCAAAAAAGUCGACGGGGAAAACCGUGAAGAAAACAGUGAACGAGAAGAAGUUGCAUUCCCUGCACUCAGCUGCAGGAGGGGAAACGUGCGCGAAAUGCUCCAAAGAGCAUCCGUUAUUUCAGUGCGAUGACUUUAAGAAGAUGCACACUAGUAAUCCUACAUUAUAGAGAUCUGCGGAGGCGGCCAUUGUAAGCCAAUCGUGCAGAAAGAACUGUCAAAGUGUGAGCCAAAUGAACAGGCUGAUCGGUCGUAAGAAGGCGUCGAUUGAACGGUAUUGCAAUCCGAGCUAAAUAAAUUAAAAUUAUUUAUUUUUAAUACCGAGAAAUUGACGGUAUAUGUAAGUUUAGUAAAAAGAUAGAAUUUAAUUAAUUCUGCUUUCAAAAGCUCAAGCUUAUGACGAAACUUUUGUUGCUGCACUUCUCGAAAAAACUUUCAUUGCUGCUUCUUGCUUCAGUUCCGCCGAUAUGUUUAGCUUAACACUUUACAAUAAAUUUCAGAUUUCAUCGAUUGCUCCGCCUUUUUUUUCAAAAUUUUGAAAAAAAAAAUCUAUUGUAAUUAGAAAAUGUAAACAAAACAACUUGAACCACUACGAAGUCACGCACAAAGUUUGAACAUCUAGCUUUGCAGCAAGUGUUGGCAGCUGAUGUAAACAAAAUGAACAGCGUUGCCGAAUCGACAUAUGUAACUUCCGCUUAUCUCUAUGUAGAGGAUUUCUAAGGCUGUGACCAUAGUGGGUAAGGUGAGAUGCGAUCGGAUGCGAUAAGUUAUGAGAUGAGAAGAGGGAAGUUUGAUAGGCCAUAGUGCAUAAGGUUUUCAAUGAGGGUGCGCAUGUUGUUUUCACAUCCUUUUUCGCCUAUUUCGUGCGCAUCAACGACUCGCGUGAUUUGAUCGAUGAAGUCGCUUGUAUGUUGAAGCGCUUCUUUGGAUGUGGGUAGUGGUUUCAUCUGUAAGAGCGGAAAGAUAAAAUGCACCUGCUUUUUGUUUUGCGCGGGCCGUUUUUUUUUGCUAUAACUUUAGUCAGUUUUGAUCCUGUUGCAAUAGCAAAAACCGACCAGUUCGAAAAACAAAUUUGGUGUAACUGUACAAGAUUGAGAUUAUUGAAUUAAUUAUUUGAUAAAAGAAUUAUAAAAUGUAAUUAUAUCCGCAUGAGGGAUGUCUUUAUGUAUACACAUAUUAUUACUUUCCGGACUGAGCUAUCUGAGUGUUGAUUUCAAUUUAAAUCAAUAAGAGACUGUUAUACUGAUUUUCGGCAUUAAAACAUUACUUUAUUGUGCUGAUCUCGGCAAAAAGAAACAAAAAUUAGGCAAGUAUGUAUUAUUUAAGGGUAUAGAUUUUUUUAUUACAAAAUUUUCGGCGACAUCUACGAGAAAAGAUGUCUCUUCAGGGUGUCUACUAAAUGGAAAAACCUGGAAAACCGGGAAUCCUCAGGGAAUUUUAUUUAACAGGGAAAAACCUGGAAUACUCAGGGAAUUUCUUGAGUACUCAGGGAAAUUUUACUCCGAUAAAAAAAUCAUUGGGUCGUAUGAACCUGGUAGUAAAAAUCCAUAUAGAAAUUUCGCUACAAGGAUUUUUUUUUCCAGAAAUUCCGUCAGAAUUUCUUUCUGGAACUUCUUUAACAAUAUCUCCUGGAAUGUCUCCCAGGAUUUCUUAUAAAAUUCCAUUCCGCAUUUUUGACGCUAUUUUUCUUGGUAUUCCUUUUUGAUUUUUUUCCGGAAAGGUAUACUUCCGGAUUCCUUCCAGGAUUCCUGAAUUCCAACCGAUUUCUCCUGGAGUCUUUCACGGGGAUGCUAUUUCUUCUCAAAGUUCCUCCAGUGUUUUACUCAAAGAAAUCUUCGUAGGAUUUCUACCAGAAUUUAUUCCGAAUACUCUUUAAGAAUGUGUCGGGAUAAAUCGUGGAAUUUCUUUCGGCACUCCUCACGAAAAUUUUACCCGAUUCCUUCCGGUGUUCCUCUUGGGACUUCCCCAGAAGAUCUUCACAGAACGUUUUUCAGAGUUGCUAAAGAAGUUAUUCCUGGGGUUCCUACUAAAGUUUCUCCAAGGAUUUCUGAAGGAGUUUUCACGAAUUUACUGCAAGAGUUCCUCAAGAGAUUUCUUUUAUUUUUUCCUGUGAUAUCUUCAAACCAUUGCUUUGGGCUUUCUUCGAGAUGUUUUUCCUGGUCUCCUACAGGAAUUUGUUAAAAGUUUUUGCGAUGUUUAUUUUGAAGUUUUACCUGAGAUUUUCCUCGGAGUAUCUCCUGGAACUUCUCUCAGAAGAUUCCUUCCGAUGUUGGUCAUGAGAUGUCUCUCAGAGCUUUUCUUAAUUAAAAUACCCUGGAUUUUCCCCUAAAAUUUUUUUUCCAAAGUACCUUCUGGGAUUUCUACAGGAGUUAUUGCUGAUAUUUCUCAUUGAAUUCUUCUCUUGCAUAUUUUCGGAGCCAGGCUGUUUCUUGUAGUUGUACCGGAUUUCUUAUAGUGAUCCACCUGAGAGUUUUUACAGAUAUUCUGUGCAUUAUUCCCAAAAUUCUUCCCGGAAUCUUUACCAGAAAUUGUCCCGAGAUUCUGGAUAUUCCUUCAGGAAUUUCUACCAAAGUAAAUGCAGGGAUUCUUCUACGGGUUUUCCUCAGAAUGUCUCCUGAGAUAACUUACGAAAUACCUUAUAGGAAAUUCAUGGAGAAAUAUUCGAGGGAAUUCAAAUAAAAUCUUGCGAGAAACUCCGCAAAGUGUUAUUGAAGAAAUCUCGACAGGAACUUCAGGAAAAACCUGAGAAAAAAUGAGACAUCUCGAAAAAAGUUCGAGAUAAUAGUAAUCCCGAGAAAAAAUAUUAAGGACAGCCAAGGAGGAAUUCUGAAAACCAUAUGGAAUCUUGAAAGCAGCUGCGGACGAAGUUCCGCGAAGAAAACAAGAGGAAUAUCGUAAAACUAUCGGUAAAAAUCCAAUAGUUUAUGGAUAGCUGUCCCGGAAAACCGUUAAAAAAGGCAUGGACACUGGCUUCAUCCGGCGGCUGUACCGAUUGAACGAAACUUAACACGGAGUGGCUACGGAUUAGAAGCUAUUCUCGUGAAAAUUUUCAUCGGUCGGAGCGGGAAUCGAACCCUCAUCCACCCGGACUCUAACCGCAUGGCCACAACAUUCUUGAAGAAACUUUGAAUAGUUUUGGAUGGAUCGAAAACCUUUGCAAGAAAUAUCGGGACGUACUCAAACAGAUAUCUCGUGUGAAAGAAUCUUGCGGAAAGUCAAGAAGAUACUUUGGAAGAAAUUCCAGGAAUAUUGAAAGAUUUUUUGAAGAGUAGGGGAACUUACGUAUUUUUGGCAGUUUUGUUCUCUUCAUCAUGGGGGGUUUUUUGAAACCUGUUGAACUCAGAGUUGGCAUCAAAUCCUUCCCAACCAAAUUGAAUAUGAUCAAGUUUCAGGUAAUUUGACCGGCAUAAAUCCCUCAUGACGAAGAGAACAAACCUGGUGAUGAUACCCUAAGUCACCCUUUAUAAUUUUUAGAAAAUUUGGGUUAUUUUUUAAUUAUAAACUUUCAAAAUUUCAUCUGGAAAAACCUGGAAAACUCAGGGAAUUUUAUUUUGAGUUAUGAGUAGACACCCAAGUACACAAUAUUCAUCAUAUAUUAGGUAAAAGAGUAUCAAUCGAAAUCGAUGUCACACUCUUUUCUAGUUUUGCCUGACAAAGAAAAAAGCAGAACCCUUUUAGCAAUUGAGUUGAAUACCAUAAAACCCCUAAACUUUCUAACUUGCACAUGAAUAGCAUGCACUGAACAAACGACCAUAUCAAACAUUGAUCACUUCAUUUAAAUCCCGAACAUAGAAAAUAAAAUGUUUUUUAUACACAUAUAAUAACAAAAAUAUGCUGUAAAAAACUUAAACGAUUUGAUGGAAUACUAUUUUAUAUGCAAUGAAAUAUGUUAUUUUACAUGGCGAUCGAUAGACAGUAUGAUAAAUUUUUAUUACGUCUGGUUCAUCAAAAUACAAGUCAUGUGAAAAAGCAUUGGGUUAUAUUGAAAAACAACAACAUAUUAACGCAUUUUAUAUUACCCAACACAUUAAAUCCGCAUUGCUUUACAUACACAACGAGCGCAAUCAUAAAAUCCAUACCCGACAAGCAUUCUCUUGCGUUCUCUUGCGUUCACAUGCGUCGAAGCAGCUCCAUCGCAUCUCCGCACUCAUCGCAACUCAUCUACUAUGUACGGUUCAUGCGUUCUGCAUAUAGUUUCCACAGAGUGUGCUUCGACGCUUAUCCGAUCUCUUAUCUCUUUGCAUCGCACCUUACCCACUAUGUGCUCAACGUAAUGCACACGCAGUCCAAACAUGAACUAGUUAAGAAGGCGAGAUUGUAAGACUGUAAGCAGCGUCAUCAUCACGCACUGCUGUGUGAAAAGAACAUUGAAGAAGUGAAGAAGACCCAGUGCUAAACAGUGAAACGGAACAACAACAGAAGAGCGGAUGUGUCAUCACUUCGAUGGUAUUGUGCCUUGCAAGAUAAAUCCGCGAAACGCGUUAGUCUUCUUCUUUUCCAUCAAGUUGCAAAAAUAUGACCGCACCACUAUGAGCGACCUGAUGGUCAGAAAUUUUACAUGCGGCGCUUAUAUCAAAUCCACAUGAGGCUGCGGCGAUAUGGCCGCGAGGAGAUGCACGCGAUACAGACGCAAUGUGGAAAUGGAAAAGAUGAAGCCGUAUCCCCCUGCAGCAACACUAAAUAACAUCCCGAUUAUUAAACACAAAACCGACGAGGUGAUGCGUGAUGCGUGUGCAUAUAAAUGAAUCAAUGUCGCGAUAAAUAUUAUUACGAUUUCUGGCCACCUGAGUUGCCAUUGUGUUAACUUUUGUUUUGAUAUGAACGGCCUGAAGGCUGCUGCGAUGCUGCUGGGUGGGUGACAGUAUCUGUUCGAUUUUGACAUUGCGUCUGUAUCGCGGGUAUCUCCUCGCGGGCAUAUCGCCGCCGCCCAAUGUGGAUUUAUUAUGAGCGCCGCAAUAGCACAGGUUCCGCUAAAAGUGCAUCAGAAAGCGUUCAUUCUACCUAUAGGUAUACUGCUGUCAUUCGGCGGCGGCGAGCUGCUUCAAGCCCGUGCUCUCAUCGAUUCUGGUCCGAAGCGUCGCUGAUCUCCGAAGCUUGCGUGCAGAAACUCGGCCUGCCUCGCUCCAAUGGCAAGGCAGACAGUAGGAACAAUUCGCGGACUGGUGCUGCUGGUGAUCGCCAACCGAUUCGAAAACGCAAUCGUUUUGCAGACAAGUGCCUUCGUCAUGGGAAGGCUCACUUCGACGCUUCCGACACAGCACUGUACAGUGCAUCCAAGCCUGCUUGACAACCAGCUACAAGAGAACCUUGCGGAUCCAGCAUACCAAACGCCGGGACCGAUCGAUAUCAUCUUGGGAUCUGAUGUCUUUCGUGCUCUUCUGAAGCCAGGGCAAGUCAAGGACGACGGUGGUGUUCCUGUGGCGCAAAACACGAUCUUUGGGUGGAUUGUGUCGGGGAAUCAAGCCAUCUACUCGUCGAAAAUUCAAGCCAAUGCAUCCAUCGUCAAUCGUCAAUCUGCACACAGAGCUCGACGUCAACCGCACCUUACGAAUGUUUUGGGAGCAGGAGGAGGUUCAUAAGCCGCAGCAGCUUACUCCUUCUGAACAAACAGCCGCCGAGCUCUUCAGGUCGACUCUCACACGAGACGGAAACGGACGCUUCGUCGUAAGACUACCGUUCGACGAUUCGAAGCCAGCGCUGGGUGAAUCUCUCACUCCGGCCAUUAAGUGAUUGCAAUCAAUGGAAAGGCGUGUUCGACAGGACAAGGAAUUCCACAAACAGUACACGGAGUUCCUCAGCGAGUAUCUGGCGGAAGCCGAACUCUGGAAGCGAGUUCCUAUCGAGCAGGUCGACGAUGAAAAGUUACUGGAGUUACGUCGGUUGAAGGUACUUCACACUGCGAUACCGACCAUCAGAACGAACUACGACAUCGAGACAUGCCUAUUGGAGCGGCGCGGCGUUCGAACUACACGUUCAUCGUGCGCACCCUAGCGUAUGUACAUCAAUCGAUUCUUGUUGACACUCAAGGCGGACAACGAGAAUCUCAAUCUUGGACUUUCACCGAACGAAAUCUACAAUGAGGAAUUCCACGGAGUCAUGUCAGUCGAUCCUGAGCGACCAUUUCAAAAAUAUCUGAAACUUUGCACAGUUUUUCAAUUUCAUAUAAAUCGCCAUUUUUUGAUAUUAAGCCUUCAUAUUCACUCACGACUAACUUUUCAAAAGGGUGUAUGCGAAAAUAGUUCUAAAAUAUUUUAAAAGCUGUACAGCAAAAACGGAUUGUUCGAUUGUUAUAAAUUUUUCAGUAAAGUUAGAUAACUAAAUGAUGAUUCCUUAGAAAAUAUACACUGUAAAAAAUUUCUUUUUCUACUUUGAAAAAAUAUGAUAUUUGUCACAAAAACUCAAAUAUCUCAAAACCCUAUCUUUUUACCAACUUCAAUUUUUUAGGGGAAAUGGCCCAUUAUAUCAGCUAUCUACCAUAAAAUUUUGGUGAUGGUAAACUGAUAAACAAAAAAGUUAUAACAUUUCAAACAUUUCACAAUUUUUACAUUUAGUAACAAAAAAAAAUUUUUUUCUGUGUAAAUUAUUUCGAGAAUUAUAUUUUGAUGCUGAUUUUAUUGUAAAGGCUACUGCCUGAAUUUAACAAGUUGUUUUCAUGAUACUUUAGUUUGAUUAUUCGUAAUUACUAUAGUAUCUAUUUGAAACUUAGACGCGAUCCAGUGUUGUGAUCAAAAAUAUUGAGAUUGUCAUACUUUUUAUUGUACGUGACUGGUGAAAAAAUCCCUUGAUAGUGUUGAAAAGCUGUUGAUUAUAAGAAAAAUGGAAUUGAAUUUAUUUUUAAGACAAAAGCUGUAUAAUAAAAGUUUUUUAUACGCGUAUACGUCUAGUUUAUCCGCAAAAAAAAUCCCUCUUAGAGAACAGACUUUAUGAUCGGAAGAAUGCGAGUAACUUCAACAACAACAAAUGCAUAAGAGGUACAUACCACAGACAAACAGACGAAACGCCUAGAACAAUUUUAGUGAAAAUUCAUCGCCCAGUUCACACUAUCACCACCUGGUGGAAAUGUUUCACGAAACACUGCGUUGUGCAAUAUCGUCAUCAGAAGGCGCUAGUGUGAAACGUCAAACGCAAAGAAAAACGAUGGGCGCUCUUCUUGUUAUGAAAGCCACAACCAAGAUUCAAAAUGAUCGUUGAAGGCGUGGUCAAUGAAAAUUUCGCCAGUGUUACGUUUGUUUGUCUGUAUACAUACCUGACAAUGCUCACGAAAAAAACAAAAAAAAUACUACCGCUAUGAAUAUUAAAAAUUGUAUAGUAUUUUUUUUUCUUCAGCCACCAACACCAAACAAGUAAGUUAAAAUUAAUAAGUGAUUUUGUUUAUUAUAAUCUAACGAACAAGAUGAACAGUCGCUUUCUCAAAGGUCUUCAACUCAACGCUCUCUUGUAGACCGUUUGAUGAAAAAAAAUGUUCAAAAGAGUUACGAAAUCUCACCGAAAGCACCAUAGAUAAACUGAAAGAGACUGGUUAUGCAAAUUACGCAUUUGCACGUCUUGCCGUCUAAAAUUUGACAAACGAGCCAUCUGUAUAUCAUCGGUAAAGCAGGGCGCAGGAAGUUCGAAAACGACAACAACUAAGAAAUUGCCAUCAGCGACAUCUGUUUAAACAAUUUAAUUACGCCCCUUUUCAAAAAUGCCCUGUAAUAUUCUUCAACAUCUAUACCCAUUUCAAUAUUUUUAACGUUGCAAAACACGCUUUCAACAUUCAUCUUGAAGAAGAGGGAAAACACUUGUCCUCAAAUGUAACAGCAAAUUAAUGAAUAAACGACUAAUGCGCGGAGGGCGUGAUAAAAUCGGAACAUUACGGUACAUAGUAUAUUAUAUGUAUAUAUAAUAUAUAAUAAAAACAACUUGUUUUACUCACGCAAGGCCAUUAACAAUAAAAUCAGCAUCAAACUUCAAUUUCCGGCCGAAAUAAUUUACACUAAAAAAAAUUAUUACUAAAUGUGAAAAUUGUGAAAUGUUUGAAUUGUCAUAAUUUUUUUGUUUAUUUUCAUGGUAGAUUGCUAAUACAAUGGACCGUUUUCUCUAAAAAAUUACGUUGGUAAAAAGAUAGGGUUUUGAGAUAUUUGAGUUUUUGUGACAAAAAUGAUAUUUUUUAAUGUUAAAAAAGAUUUUUUUCACAGUGUAUAUUUUCUUAGGAAUCGCCAUUUAGUUAUCUAACUUUGAUGAACAAUAAAAUCAGCAUCAAAUCGCGAUUCCCGGCCGAAAUAAUUUACACAGAAAAAUUUUUUUUACUAAAUGUAAAAAUUGUGAAAUUUUUGAAAUGUUAUAACUUUUUUGUUUAUUAGUUUACCAUCACCAAAUUUUUAUGGUAGAUUGCUAAUACAAUGGACCGUUUUCCCUAAAAAAUUCAAGUUGGUAAAAAGAUAGGGUUUUGAGAUAUUUGAGUUUUUGUGACAAAAAUGAUGUUUUUCAAUGAUAAAAUAGAUUUUUUUUCACAGUGUAUAUUUUCUUAGAAAUCACCAUUUAGCUAUCUAACUUUGCUGAAAAAUUCAUAACAAUCGAACAAUCCGUUAUGGCUGUGCAUAUUUUUGAAUAUUUUUGAACCAUUUUCACAUACACUCUUUUGAAAAGUUAGUCGUGGCUCUAAAUAAAAAUUUGAUAUCGAAAAAUGGCGAUUUAGAUGGAACUGAAAAACGGUGCAAAGUUUCAGUUCAAUAGAAAAUCAUGAAUUAAAAAUUUUCCUUAAUUUUGAUGCUGUUGCUUGGAAUCGCUCCGAUGCCAAGAUGCAGCUGGCCCGAGCUGCACAGUACGCCGCAUACAAGCCGAAACUGGAACUGUGGCAGAAGGGUAACGAGUUGCCACCGAAACAUAAAUUAUCUGCCCUUCAUCCUUUUCUCGACAGCCAAGGAACGAUGCGUGUGGGUGGACGCUUGCAAAAUUCCGCGUACCCAUACGACGUCAAACACCCGGUCAUUCUCCCAGCCAACCACAAGGUGACCGAGUUACUUCUGCGAGACAUUCAUCUGCGAAAUCUCCAUGCGGGACCCAGUCUACUAGCAGCAACAGUCAAUCAACAGUACUGGGUGGUAGGACUGCAGACCGCUGUCCGUCUUACAGCUCAAGGAUGUACUCGUUGCGUGCGACUCAAAGGGAAGACAGCGUCACAGCUCAUGGGCAGCCUGCCUGUGCCUCGGGUGACGGGUACUCGAGCUUUCACACACGUCGGCGUGGACUAUGCCGGUCCACUGAAGGUACAUGCAUCCUGCGUCCGCGGGGUGAAAAUGACCAAGGGCUAUAUCGUGGUAUUUGUGUGCAUGGCCACAAAGGCUGUGCACUUUGAGGUUGCCAGUGACCUCUUGACGAACACCUUCAUCUGUGCACUGAAGCGGUUCAUCUCCAGGCGAUCUCAUCCGAACAAGAUAUGGUCCGACUGCGAUACAAACUUUGUAGAUACGGACCGCUGGUUGAAGGAGAUUCAAGGUGCAAGACAAACUCACAACGAAGCAGCAGGACGAUUUCUCUCCAACUUGGGAAUAAAGUGGGUGUUCAACACGCCUUCAGCGCCUCAUCGCGGCGGCAUUUGGGAGGCGGCGGUGAAGAGCGCCAAGAAACAUCUGGUCGCGGUCUUGGGCUCCGAAGCAGCAACGUACGAAGAUCUCUCAACGGUAUUAACGCAGGUGGAAGCAUGCCUUAACUAGCGACCACUGUGCCCACUUUCAACGAACCCAGACAGCUACGAAGCGUUGACCCCUGGACAUUCCCUGGUCGGACAGCCAAUCAACCUCAUCCCGGAGCCAGAUGUUCGACACAGUGCUAUGAAUCGUUUGGACAAAUGGCAACUUCUGCACAAGCACACGACCGAAAUCUGGAAACGUUGGCGCAAUGAAUAUGUGCCCAGCCUGCAACCUCGGAGCAAGUGGCGUACCAUCGAGCCAACGUGGAGAAGGAUCAGCUGGUGCUGGUCAAGAAUGACAAUGCCCCACCGGCUCAGUGGGAGUUGGCGCGUAUUGUCUAGUUACACCCGGACUCGACAGGAGUCGUCCGGACAGUUACUUUGCAGCGUGGUCAAGCGGAGUACUCACGCCCCAUACAGAAGAUCUGUGUGCUACCGUCGGAUUGAGGCACUGGUGCCUCAAGGUAGGGGUGGAUGUUCACGUGUGAAUGCCGCCCAACCCUGCCGAUCAUACCUGCAAUGACAGACACCUUGCCCAACUGUCAGAUUGCGCGCGACGACCGAGAGAGAACAAUGAGCCAUUUUACGAGACGUUUCGGAUCAGCUGACCGCUCAUUUCAUGAAUGAAAAUUUGACAGGAGGUUGCGCCCAAGCCCGUGAGUGUUAUGUCGUUUUUGUUUAUUCCCAGAGCGAACCUAGUUCCACCCCAGAUCCGCCCUAACUGCUGUCAAAACGUUCGGUUAUUCUAGUAAUCCUACGUUAUAGAGAUCUGCGGAGGCGGCCAUUGUAAGCCAAUCGUGCAGAAAGAACUGUCAAAGUGUGAGCCAAAUGAACAGGCUGAUCGUUCGUAAGAAGGCGUCGAUUGAACGGUAUUGCAAUCCGAGCUAAAUAAAUUAAAAUUAUUUAUUUUUAAUAUCGAGAAAUUGACGGUAUAUGUAAGUUUAGUAAAAAGAUAGAAUUUAAUUAAUUCUGCUUUCAAAACCCGAAUAAAAAAUACAGUAGAAAAACCGAACGUUGUAUUGUAACAGUACUAUUUAAAACCAUAUUUUUACAAUAGAAACCACUGUAAAAAUAAAAAUACAAAACAAUAAAAUGUAAUGUAGAACACCAUACAGUAAAUUGUAAAUAAGAUUUUUACAAUAUACUAUACGGGUUGUUAAGUAUCGUAACAAUAUAAAAAAAUAUUUUUCUCCAUAUAUAUUUUUUUGCAAAACCAUACAUUAUAUUGUAAAUGAAUUGUUAUAAAUACUGAUACGUGGGUUUUAAUAAACCGUACAUUGUAUGGUACACGUAUGGUUUCAAACAACAAAAUGUACCGUAAAUAUAUUGUUUUUAAUUGUAGUUGCACCACUGGUUAUACAUUUAAUUAAAUGGUUUUGGAAUGGUUCUCUUUUGUUAUGUUGUAUUGGUUUACAUUACAUUACCAUGUAAAAUAUAACAUAACAUUAUUUAUAACAUCUUGUCAUUUUCCACCUGUUAAUGGCAUCUUAGGCUUACUAGCAUUAUGAGAAUGCGCUUUGGGAAUUCUCCAGAGCGUUUUGGAUAACCCUUCAUAUAUUGGAUCGUCUAAGUCUGAGUCGAGGUCUGAGUAGUCUCUGAUUGCAUCAAGGGGUUGGAAACUCUGACACACUUGAAUGUGUUGGAAUGUGUCGAACUGUGCUGAUUGGGUGUUUUUUGGUGUUUCUCGGUGCCUUGACGUUUUUGACAAUCAAUGUGAUAGACGUCACAUUUUUUUUCCAAAUUACUGGCAACACUUCUGAAUUAUUUUUAUCGUUGUUUUGUUUUGAUGUUGAUUUGGCCAAACAUCGCCGGUGGUGGGUAAUCUAAACGGUGUUGCGGAAUUCCGGUCCCGGAAUCGGAAGUUGUCAACCAGAAGCUUGAAUCAAAUUCAACUCACUCGGAAGCAAGUGCAUCGCCUAGUCCAGCAGGAUGCGUCGCCAAAACUCAAAACUAAACGGAACACCCAAGGAAACCACGCCGCAAAAGCAAUCGAGCGAAGGAAAAAAACAUCGAUCAGCUCUAGUCACCAUUGUCGAGCGUGCCGUGCUGGAUGAUAUUCCUGCGGAAGAUCCGAAGGAAGAGAAAUCGAUGGGUUAGAAGUCAUUGAGUCAAGCGGUGACGAGAUCUGGCCAGGACAGGGCAAUGAUGUUUCCAGUGAGAUGAAGCGAAGGCGUACGUUGAUCUAGCCCCUGAAGAAAGCGGUAGAAAUGUGGAAGUGGGUGGAAUCGAAUGACUCGAUGAACAGCUAGAUAAACAGUGAGAUUCUAGCGGAAAUUGAUUGGUAGAGGAAGCCGAAAAAAAAACAAAAAGAAUAAGAAAAGAAGAUAAAUCUUCCGACAGGACGCUUCUAGUGAGAAAUGAAACAUAAAGUUAGUUUUAUUAAAAUUUUAUCAACACCAAAAAUCUUUAUUUUGAUUUGAUACUUAUCACUUUGUACUUUUCGAGUUUUGCCACAUCGCGACUGCGACUUCACACAAUUAGGCCAGGGUGCGCCAGUGGACAGAAGUGUUUCCGGAAUUACUUCCUGCACUUUAUGAUAGUGUGAAAUUGGUUGGACGACGAUGAUCUGGUGCUCAGGGGGCUCAGGGUGUCUUCCUCUUGUGAUUUGAUUUAUUUAUUGAUGUAGUGUUUCUCAGUCACAAGCAAGGGCACAAGCCACAUCACGCUCCUCGGUGGGACGAGCACGUCCGGUUAUUCGGUGGCCGUGGUUUGACUUCCGUCGUCUUGAUGCAGGACGACUCCUGAUGGCUUUCGUGAUUUGGAUCGAUUCGGUGUUUCCAGUAGAUUUUGGCUUGAUUUAGUCUCGGCUUGAUUCAGGGGCGGUGAUCGUUGCGGUGCUGGUUUCGAUGGUUUCUGAAUCCUUUCCGAAGGUAUCAAGGAUAAUUAAAUCUAACCUAACCAGCUAUCAAUUUCCGAUCGGGUUUGUUAUAACCCAAUAAUGACUGACCAGGGAGCGUUCCUUGGGUGGCGAGAUUGCUCUAGGUCAUUCUUGUCUCUGUUGUUGUCAUUGAUCGGCAGUGACGAAAUCAUUCGGAAGGUGAUUCAUGGCCAGGACACAGGAGAAGGAGGCGCCGGACGGCGAACAACCGCCGUUUAGAUGCUUCCAUAGACCAUUCCACUAAUGUCACUGUUGACGGGUGGCUUCUGGGACUGUUUGGCCGAUUUAUUGUCCUGCAUUUCAUUGUGAGAACGAUGCCGUCAGUGCUAAGCUUGGUGCUAAGCAUCUGGUAGUCGGCUCCGAGCUGCUGCGGUGGUGGUAGAAUAACGCCAUGCUGCGACUGAUGGUGGAAAGGUCCAGUGAGAAUCCCAAUGCAGAGGUCUUUGGCUUUCGUCCCGCAAGUCCCUCCUUCUUGCCGGCUUGUCGUCCCAUUCGAAAUAUUCGCCGACAGAAUUGCCUCCAGCUUUUCGAUUUUUGUAAUCCAAUUCAUGGUAGAUUUUGUCCAUCAGCUGCGUCGACCCGCCAUGCUCGGCGGUUUGGUAAACGUACCUGGUCCUUCGUACCCGGUAGGGAGCAAUCCGAACUUCCGUAUUCCGUAUUCCGAACUUGUCUGAAACAUAAACACCGACAGAACAGUGAUGGCAGUAAAAUUUUAAAAAAUCAUGGUGGCACAUUUGAAAGGUGUCGGAAAGGUGUCGAAAGGUGAUUUUGGUGUGCGAAAUGGGUGUUUCACACAAGGUGUCAGAGUUUCCAACCCCUUGGAUUGCAUUAACAGUUGAAGCUUAGGCUCCCAUGCCCCACCAGCCACAUAACCGGGUUUCGCAAACUAAGCAUUAUUUGUGGCAACACUUUGAGCGGCAUGAUGGAACUAUGCCGAGCGCGCUAAGCAUUAUUAGACCACUAAUCACAGAGAACAGACAUCCAGGCAAGAACAAAUUUCAUCCAAAAAGUUGUGUAAGGAUUUGAAUCUUUACUUGAGUAAGGUUGCAAACCAAUACACGAUGGCAACACUAACGCCGCCAAACACCAUAUUGCCACAGUCAGUGGUGAAUUGAAACAUUUCAAGUGGUGAAUUAAAUUAGUAUGGGAAAUUAACCGAUUGCAGCGCCACGCUAUUGCCACUUGUGUUGCCGAUUUCAAAAGGACGUUAAAUUCCUUACACAGUUUCGGAACUGGACUUGGAUGUCUGUUCUCUGUGCACUAAUGUAGUUGCAUGAAGUGGGUGACGAGGUACAUAAGUAUCAUUACAGCGUGCUUAACCGUUAUUGCAAUAUUGAGGCUCCAGUUUGACUAAAGUUUGAAAUACACGUAUGUAUUUAACAACUCAUUAGAAAACUGUCAAGUUCGAUUCAAGUAUAAGUUAGGUUAAGAAGCGAACCCACAGACGAACCUAUAUUAGAAUUUCUUUCAGUAUUCAGUCCAGUCCAUAUGUUAAAGAUGGCUCUACGUCAAAGAUAAAGUUCGUCAAUCGUAUUCCUCUCAUCGCACUCUACAUACCUAGCCCGCCAUAUCUCUUGGAUCUGCGAUUCUUAAGACAUCUGGUUUACUACUUAUUUAAACAUUUUAUUGACUUUAAAUUGAUGUUUCAACUUAUUCACUUUUUUCUUUCCUUUCCUUUGCAUCAUAAAAGUCACAAAGAUCAACAAAACAAAGCACGGAAAAAAUCUAAAACUGAAUAAAUAAUUAAAAAUGCACGGAAAAAUAAUGUUUCGGAAAAGUGAAUGGUUCAAACGUAAGAAAAACAGUAUAAUAUAGUGUUACAUAAAAAUCGAAUGUAAAUGUAUAGUAGCUACAAUGUGCGAAGCUUUUAGUGAACCAUUUCAUUACAAUAUACAUUAUUGUAGCUGGUACACUGUAUGGUGCAGGAAUGGUUUUCACCAAACACCCUAUGGUUAGUUUUUAUCCGGGAAGCUCAAGCUUAUGACGAAACUUUAGUUGCUGCACUUCUCGAAAAAGCUUUCAUUGCUGCUUCUUGCUUCAGUUCUGCCGAUAUGUUUAGCUUAACACUUUACAAUAAAUUUCAGAUUUCAUCGAUUGCUCCGCUAUUUUUUUUCAAAAUUUUGAAAAAAAAAAUCUAUUAUAAUUAGAAAAUGUAAACAAAACAGCUUGAACCACUACGAAGUCACGCACAAAGUUUGAACAUCUAGCUUUGCAACAAGUGUUGGCAGCUGAUGUAAACAAAAUGAACAGCGUUGCCGAAUCGACAUAUGUAACUUCCGCUUAUCUCUAUGUAGAGGAUUUCUAGGUUAUUCAAUCGAGUCGGAUCUGGAUCCGACCCAAACAGAGCGAGGUUCGCUCUGCCGAUUUUUUCCGAUCCAACCCGAGCGGGGUCCAUCUGUCAAAAUGGAUGUAAACAAACCAACAAAACAAAACGUAAAAAUCAAAAUUGUUUUCUCUUUGUACUAGCAGAAGGUUGAAAACUUUCAUGGAUGGUAUUUGCAUUAUUGAAUUAGUGCACCAAAUAACAUUUCAGCAUUCAAUUGUGCGCUGAAAAGAGUAAUUUUAUGAAAAUGCGCAACUGACAGUUUGAUUAAUUUUCACAAUGUUUACAUGUUGACUCGACUCGGGUCGAAUCUGGAUCUGUUUUCGUUCGUUUAUUGCGAGUCAGGGUCAGCUCUAACCCAGGUUCAAAUCCGAAAACGACAUCAAUAUCAACACUGUUUAAUAUCAACAACAACAACAUCAAUAUCAACACUGUUGUCGUUUCGUAAAAUAGACUAUAUAUUUGUCGUUGUAUACAACGACGCAUCAAGCAGUCUAUAGUAGGCGUCACGAAUCAUAGUCGCCCGUGUCGUCGUUCCUCGUGCAGCAAUGUCAAAGUGCAAAGCAGUAGUGCAUUCCCGCAGCUCCAGCUUGCUCGCAAUAAAUCCUAAAGCGCAUAAGAUUCUCCCGGAAAUGGGAAAGGCGCGUAUGUUCUUGGCGAUGGGUGCGAGGAAAGGAUUCUGGCAAGUGGAAUUUAGACGAUGAUAGUAGCAAGUUGACUAUAUUUUGGACACCGCGUUUGGUAGAUAUCGCUGGACUCGUCUGCCUUUUAAAAUUGCAUCGGUUCCGGAAAUCUUUCAGUCGAAGUUACAGCAAGUACUUCAGGAUUUGGAAGAUGUGGAGUGUAUCGCAGAUAACAUGUUCAUCUAAGGCAUAGUAGAUACAGGGAGAUAGGGAAAAACAACGUGGUAUUUGACGCUCUAUCACGGGAUCUACUUGAGAACGAAAAGGAUUUGAAUCCGUAUGAGGAAUUGAAUGUCUACGAAGUACUAACUGAGAUGUCUCAGGAGUAGCUCAGCAUGUUUCUCAACUUCUCGAAUGCACGGCUUGUGGAGCAUACUGUGAAGGAAGUGACGCGUCAGGCCAUCAUCGGCAACAUACUUCAGGGUUAGCCGACAACGAUCGAUCGAGUACCCGACAAUGCUAAAAUCUACUGUGGUCAACGUCUCGAGUUUUCAACACAAGACGGCAUUGAUUUCUGGGACGACCAAAUCGUCGUUCCGCAAACCUCGAGGAGAAAGCUUGUAGAUAGCUGCCACACAAGUCAUAACGGAAUGGAAGCAACGUUGAAGCUGACCCGAUCGCACCUGUUCUGGUCGGGCAUGAGCUCGCAAGUGACGCAAGGACGUCGUGAAGCAGUGUCUAGUUUGGGUCUAGUCAAUGAGGAACCAUCAUGUUCCGGUGAAUCCAUUCCAGAUGGUAUCGUUACGUACGAUUCGUAUUAUCUUAAAGCAUACUAUUUUUGUUCACUGUACUUUUCACAUAAGAGAUAUACGUGAUUUACAGGUAACGACGCUUAGGUAGUGUGAGAUUCAUGUUUGCAAUCUAUACUGCCUAACCUCUACCAGCAAACAAGAAAGCUUAGCGCUAGUUAGGUACCUAUUGUAAGUGUAGGUAUCCUUUCUUCAUUCAAAACGCUAUAAAAACAGAUGGUCAAUGAGUUUUAAGACACAGAUUUUACAAACUUGUUGCUUCUUUUGCAUGUUAUAGACAUCGCCAUUCGUCAAAGCUUUCCUCAUUAGACCAAUAUUCUAGAACAAAGUUCUCUCACCAGCUGGUAUGAGUGAGCAGAUCCAUUACUGAUUGAUCCUGAACGAUAACUCCAGAAUUAUCCAUCGUUUUGCCAAUCUACUCACUGAAGCACCUUCAUCCAA